AUGCAACAAAGUCGAUUGGAUAAAUUUUUCACGGUUAAGAAGUCUUCAACAACGGAGAAUAAUGAUCAGUCAACAGCGGUGAAGAAACGUUUAUCAACCAAUGAUGAUGAUGAUGAGCAGAAGAAGAAAUUGAAGCGCAUCCGGUCUGAUACAAGUCUGCCAAGCAAUGAAGAAAACUUCUCGUUAAAUCAAUUUUACUUGGAUAGAUUCCUAUUGAUCCUUUCGUCAUUACUUCGUCAUCACAAAUGUUUGUUCAAUGAAAACGAAAUAAUCUUAUUCAAUAAAUUUCGGAACUUAUCUGCUUCGUCACAAGUCAUUUUCGUUCGAUUAUUAAUGCGUCGAUGUAAAUGGAUCCGACGUUCGACAAUCAACUAUGAAAUUCCAGAUUUAGCCAAUGACACAGAUAAUCUAACACCACUAGUUGAAAUUGGCUUAGUACAAGACAUUUCAUCAUUGGAUGAUCUAGAUGCUGGUCUUCGUUUAUUAUCAAGUGAAGAAAUGCGUGACUUUUCCAAACGAUUUCAUUGCCAGUCGAAAACUAGCAAAUCGAAAAAGACUUCGAUCGAAAAUUUGAAAGGUUUAACAAAUCAAUAUAAAUCCGUGUUUGGCUCGAGCACAACAACAAAUCGCGAUCAUCUAUUACUCAAAGAAUUGAAACGAAUCCUCAACAAUUGUUACAAGAUCUCGGAAGAUAUUCGUGGGUUAUUCUUUCGAAUGAUGUUAACUUAUCAUCCUGUUGCACUGUUAGCAAUGGACGAUUUAGAUCAAAAUGGUUUCACUCUUCUGUAUAAAACAUUACAAAUCAUUCGUGGUCAGCUUCGAUUACCAUGGAAUGAAGAACAGAUUAGUCAUGAGCAUCUACCAUUCAAAACACCUGAACAACUUCAAGUAUAUCAAGCAGCGAUCGAUCUGGAAACGGAAUACAAUCAACUAGAACAAGCGAAAAAUACGGAUAACUUAGUGGAAUUUUACGAAAAGUACAAUGAACAAUGGCGUGCGAUGAUCGAUUCAUCAUCAGUCGAUGAACAAUUACCUGGUUAUUUUCGUCGUUUUUCUCCAGAUUAUGUUCGUGCUCGGAUUUUAUCAUCUCUAACCGAAGUUUUACAACGAGCCCGACAAUAUGAACAAGCAAUCGAACUAAUUCAAUAUCUUCUAAGUCGAACGAUGUAUAAUCGGCAUCGUCGAGGUAAAUUAUGGAAUCGUUUAGCGUUAAUACAAGAAAAUUAUAUUAAAACUCACGGCCAUCAGCAAUGUCUAAACACUAUCUAUGAAGCACUGAAGGAUCCAUAUGUAAAAUUAGGCGAUCGAUUAGCAUUAUGUGAACGUGCAAGAAAAUUGAUGGCACGACCGAAGUCGAAAGGAACAUUAGUCGCAACAUGGAUAGUUGAUGAGGAAGAAAAACUCAUGUGGAAUGUACCGAUGCCGAAAGAAGUUGACGUUACUGGUCGUUUACUCGCAAACGAUGCUCGAAUGGGUAAAGUGACGUAUACCAUUCAAGAUCCUGUCGAUGGAUCGAUUCAAUUUUGUACUGUCGAACAAUUAGCCAUUCACCACUAUCGCACACAAGAAGAUUAUACUUUCGGUAAAAGUUUGAAUCCACUAAUGUUUAAAUGUAUGUUAGAUCUUGAUGUUGAAGGUAUUCAUUCGGAAGGAGCAGUUAUUCGAACAGUAGUUGGCCUUUUAUUUCUUGAUCUGAUUUAUACCUUGCCGACACCAGAUUUAUUGAUUGAUAUAUUUCAAACUGAACCGUUGGAUUUUCAAACCGAUAGUUUUUAUAAAUCCCGUCAAAUGGAAAUUGAUCAACGAAUUAGUUAUUUGAAUUGCGAAGAAAAUAUCCAAGAAAUUGCCGAGAAAAACUGGGAUAUGUACAACUUGACAAUGAGUACCGUUGUUAACUGGGAGUUAUUCCAAACGAAACCCACAUUAAUAGAUGCUCUGAAAUGUUUAACUCCCGAACAAAUUCAAUCGAUAUCGACUUAUACGUUUGUACACAAUCGGGCAGUCUGGAAAGGUUUUCCAGAUUUAUUCGUAUGGAAUCCGAUUACAAAAAAAUGCAAAUUUGUCGAAGUCAAAAGUCAUAAUGAUCGUCUUUCAUUCCAUCAGAUCGUCUGGCUCGAUAAAUUAGUUGAGUUUCAAAUCGAUUGUGAAGUGUGUAAAGUCGGUGAAAAGAAAAUGUUUGCUAAUGAUGAUGAAGAUGAAGAAUGGAAUCAGGAAGAUGAAAAUGAGGAAGAUCAACCACAAGGUUAUGAAGCUUUAUUGGAUCCAGAUGAUGAAGGAAGUUUUGCAAUAGAAGAUGACGAACCGGAAGAGGACGAUCAGGAAGAAAUUGAACAAGCAGAAUCGAUUGAAGAGGAGACACCUGUCGACGAUGGUCAAGUUAAACCAUUUAUGUGUAAACUAUGCUCAACAUCCUUUAGUAAAUUCGAAGGAUAUCGAGAACAUUUCGUCUCUACAGAACAUCGAUACAAACGUCGUGAUGAGAAGAAACGCUUAGGAGAAGGUGGUGUUAUUGAAACACCACCUGUUGAAGUAUUUGUCAAUUUGCUACUAUAUAACAAAACUCCGUUUGAAAGUGUUCAAAUAGUUGUUCAACUUGUCGAUUCCAGUAUGAGUGGUACAUUGGAAUAUAAUCAAAAUAAAUAUGAAUAUCAACAUGCCGUGUCAUAUGAUGAACUCUAUCAAAAUCUCGUAAAUAAAUUCAAUCAGGACCAUGAAAAAUAUCGAUUCAAAAUGCCACCCCAGAGUUUCUUUGUUGCUCGAGAUAUCUGUCGCAAAGAAGUCGAUCACGUUUGGACUGUUCCACGAUAUUGUGACGACACGGGAAAAACUGACGAGCAAAUUAUCAAAGAAGUAUUAGACUUUUGUGUUUAUACAAACGUUGAACCGGAACGUGAACGUUUGAUUGGGCAUUCCAUUCAAACAUGGCGUAUGUUUCAUCGUCAAGAAAGCAAACCAGGAUUUUGGUGUGACAUAUGUAAGCAAUGUUUUCGAAAACGAAAAGCAAUUAUAUGCCAUUUUGAAUCAAGUGAAAAGCAUGAGAAGAAUCUCAAGCAUCUUCCGCCAUAUCGACGAGCCGUGCAACAUAGUUUGUUUACUGGACGUUUGUUAAAUGAAUUCAUCGAAUUAGAGAAAGUGAAUUAUUACCGUAAUCGUGUGAACGCUUAUCGAAUUCCGCCGUCGAUUAAAAGUUUGAAAAAUGCGUACUACUGCACAUUUUGUAAAAAAUCAUUUGAAUCGACACAUUCACUUGAGAAACAUCUUGGUUGGAAAAAUCAUCGAGAUAUACUGCGAAAACGUCGUCAAAAUGAUCAAGACAAUAUCCCUCGACUUGCAACAUAUUUGAAUUUCAAUCAAUUGUCUCACGAGCAACGCAAUGGUGGUAUUCAACAAAUGCCUAAAAUACCUGAAGAAUACCGCAUGAAGUAUAAUCUUGAGCCGAUCACAGUGGAAAAUAUGCAAGAAGACAUUAAACGUUUCGAUACUCAACUUGCUCAACAAGUCAUGCAGAACAUUUACAAUCAGCAAGGAAAUAAUAAUAAUAAUCAAUUUAAUCGUGGCGGUGGACGAGGACGUGGGCGAGGAAGACAAACAUUUCGUGGUCAAGGCUAUCGACCACGCGGUAAUUUUCACCAACAAAAUCCAUCGCAAUUCAAUUCAGGAGAAUUUAAUCGUACAACAAACUAUCAACCACGAUCGUUUAAUAAUAAUCACCAGUUUCAUCCACAGAAUAAUUUUCAUCUACCAAAUACAUUUCGGCCACAAAAUCAACAAUUCGUCAGUGGCAAUAAUAAACGUACUUAUCAACAGAAUAACAAUUAUUAUAAUCCAAGACAAUCAUGGCAAAACAAACGGCCGCGAUUUGAUCGUCCGUCAACAUAUCAACCACCACCACCACCAUCCAAUCGCAUCGAUUACCGCUACGUUGCUAACCAAAAUACUUAUCAACAUCAACAACAAUUUCAAUAA